UCACUCACUGCUCGCCGCGCGCCAUAUGAUGACGUUGCCAUGUCCAAGGCAGUGAUGGCGGAAGUGAGGAGAGCAGCGACGGCGGUGGUAACGGUUGGCACAGAGCUCGCGUCUCCGCUAAGAUGAAUCUCCGCCUAUUCCGAAGCUGACGCCAGAGCUCGGAGUCCCGGAAGGCGUCCUCUGAUCCAGCACGAUGCUGUUCUCACUGAGGGAGUUGGUACAGUGGAUGGGAUUCUCCCAGUUUGAGAUAUUCAUCCACAUCUUGGCCCUGUUGGUGUUCACCAUCCUCCUGGCCAUCAAGGUAGACGGGUUCCUGCCAGACCUGGGCUGGUGGAACGUCUUCAUCCCGUUCUUCGCCGCGGAUGGACUGAGCACCUACUUCACCGCCAUCGUCACAGUGCGGCUGUUCCUGGACGGGGAGAAGCGCCAGGCCGUCCUGCGCCUCUUCUGGAUCCUCACCAUCCUGAGCCUCAAGUUUGUCUUUGAGAUGCUGCUGUGCCAGAAGCUGGUGGAAAAGACCAAGGAGCUCUGGUUUGGACUCAUCAUGUCGCCCAUAUUUAUCCUGCUGCAGCUGCUGAUGAUCAGAGCUUGCAGAGUGAACUAGUUGCGGAGAAAGACUGUAUUAUAGCGAGAUAUGGCUGCAGUAUUCCGCCCUGCAUGGUUAUUUAUUAAAACUUUAUAGUGUA